AAAUAAAAUAACAAGGUACCCUUCACCUACAAGCCUCCCAUAAUCAUAAUCAUUCCCAUUCCCACCGACACCCAUACUUUGCCCACUCAUAUUAUCUUCUUCCUUUUUCAACCCAAUCACUUCUCUCCACCUCACCUUUUCUUCUUCCUCAAACCUCAAAUUCCUCUCCAAUGGUGGUCGAACAAUGGACUACCCGUCGUAACAGCAACCCUAAACUCGACAAUUCCCCUGACCAAAUCCUUCUUGAAAUCCCCCAAACACCGCCUUCUGAAUCUCGUAAUAAUAAUUCCAACAAUCUUGCCGUCGCUUCUUCUGCGUCGUUUGUUACGGUUAUUAUCGUCGCUUCUUGGUAUUCUUCCAAUAUUGGUGUUCUUCUUUUGAACAAAUACCUUCUCUCCAUCUAUGGCUAUCGUUACCCAAUUUUUCUUACUACCCUUCAUAUGAUUUCUUGCUCUUUUUACUCUUCUUUUGCGAUUCAUUCUCUUCGAUUGGUUCCUUCCCAAUUCAUCCAAUCACGAAAACAACUUCUCAAGAUCUUUUCCCUUUCUUUGAUUUUCUGCUUUUCAGUUGUUUGUGGAAAUGCGUCACUGAAAUACAUCCCCGUUUCAUUCAAUCAAGCAAUAGGAGCAACAACCCCAUUUUUCACAGCAAUUUUUGCAUUUAUCAUCACUUGUAAGAAAGAAUCCCCAAUUGUUUACUUCUCUUUACUUCCUGUUGUUCUGGGUAUAGUCGUCGCAUCGAAUAGCGAGCCAUUGUUUCAUCUUUUUGGGUUCUUCUUAUGUGUAGGAUCUACAGCAGGUAGAGCAUUAAAAUCCGUAGUUCAAGGAAUUUUAUUAAGUUCAGAAUCUGAGAAAUUAAACUCCAUGAAUCUGCUUAUGUACAUGGCUCCCAUGGCGGCCGGAAUAUUACUGCCAUUUUCACUGUAUUUUGAAGGUAAUGUAGCAGGAAUCACAAUCAAUAAAGCAAAGGAAGAUUGGUUUGUUGUGUUUUUAUUAAUUGGGAAUGCUACCGUGGCUUAUUUGGUAAAUUUGACGAACUUUUUAGUGACGAAACAUACGAGUCCAUUGACGCUCCAAGUGUUAGGGAAUGCAAAGGCGGCGGUGGCGGCGAUAGUGUCGGUAUUGAUAUUUAAGAAUCCGGUGACGGCAAUGGGAAUGGUUGGUUUUGGUAUAACAGUAAUGGGUGUUGUGCUUUACAGUCAAGCAAAAAGGAGAUCUAAACUUACAGCUCAUUGAUUUUUUUUUCUUUUUCAUUUUGUUAUUCUUUUUGGUAAACAAUAUUGAAUGAUAUACCCAAAAAAUGGGAGAAGGAAUUUAUUCUUUGUUUUUGAUUUAAUUUGAAUUAUUAUUAUAAAUAUUACAGUAAUUGUCUCAUUUGUUUUUUA